AUGAAACUCCCCCGGCCGUUAGGAGCCAAUCCAGGGACUGCCAAGGACCCCGGUCCAGUGAGUCAGAGAGCGUCUGAGGAAGACCGUCGAGUGGCUCCAAGUCCAAGUCCGGCAGAGACGCAGCGCACGCAGACACAGGUCACGGCAGAAUCCUGUGCACCAGGCGUGCCAGACGCGUCGGUCGAAUUGCGGCCUGAAGCGUCCCAUGCCGAAGCUAGACCAAAUAUAGUCAAGGCGAAAGACCAGCUCUGGGGCCAGCUGGCUGAAGAAGGCAUGGUGAGAUCGCCGUGUUUUGAAGGGCAGUCAGAGCCCUCACCAGCAGUAUGCCGGACAGCAGCACCGAGCAGCCUUAGCCCGAAGAAGCCACGAACAUCCAGUGGCAAGAAGAGGUCACUAGAUCAGGUGGCUGAGGUUCCAAAACCUAAGCCUCCUGUGACUUCUCCGGAGAUGCUUCAACCAUCGAGAGGCCUCAGCUCCAUCGCCGCGAAGCCGCGCAUGACAAAGCACCACCGUCCCAUCACAAAGCGGGUGAAGCUAGAGCAGCGCAAGGUGGAGGAGGACAAUUACGAGAUAUCAGACCUGGAAGAAGACUUGCAUGGCAAUCGCGUUGAGCCGGAUCGCUCAAGGAAGCGCGUGCCAGCAUGGUGCACCAACUACGUCCAGACUGCAGAGAUGCAAGCCGAAGUUGAUCCCGACAGCAUUUUUGGUUCUCAUAUGCCGAUUUGCGAUCUGGAAGUCAUCUUCCCCGACAGCUUCUACAGAGGGGCCACUCCCAUCAAGCGUCGGCGUGGUUCCUCCUGCAACUGGUACCGUGAUGGGCUGACCCAGCGGGAAGUCAAUGCCUAUGCGCUCAAGAUGGGCCAGAAGAGGCCAGUCUUGGUCAACCGCGAAGUCUUCUUUCACUUUGGCAAGCUCCAGGAUAUCGAAGGCCGACAUCCCCUUGCCACCAGUGCUUGCGAAAGUGAAGGUGGAAACAGCCCCGGCAAAGCUGGAGCCGCCGAAACUGGCGCUCAUCGGUGGCAUUCAGGUCGUGGUCUGCCUCCUGGCGCUGAGCCUCCAGAGGAGCCUGCGCCUUUGCAGCCUCUUCAGCAGCCAGAGCCAGCCAAGAAGGCCCGGCAGUGCUGCGGCGGCCGCUGUUCUCGCUGCCCUGGCGCUUCGCUGGUGUCCUGCUGCUUCUCAUGGACGUUGUCGGAUGUCAAGAAUUUCUUGGUCCAGAUUCCGCGAGUCUACUGCGAGACGUUGGCACGAAGACCGUGGGCGUUCUUGCUGUUGUGGGCCAUAGCGGUGCUCAUAGUGCUUCCAAUGAUGUGGAGGCCAAUCGUUGUAAACGCUGAUAUUGAUGCCUUCCGGCGUGCCGAUGCACCAGCAGCGAGAGGGCAUCUGGCGUAUUUGGAUUCUUUGAAGUUUAUGCGAGCUGUGAAAAACGAGUCUGCCCUUAGCCAGCGAACUAUGCUGAAAGUGGAAAUACUCUACGAGGCCAAGGAUGGAUCUGUUUUCUCCGAGUCAGUUCUGCGAGACAUCCGUGCAUUUGAACAGUCACUCCGAAGUCUCGCAGGGUGGUCGGCUCUGUGCAACAUGUCCGAGCCGGCUCUGCAGUUCCACUGCAACCCUGGGGACUCCAUGGGCAACUACGUUUGGCCGAGGCGCCUAGAUGAUUUCCUCAAUGCACAAGGCUUCUUCAGGCUCGCCUUCGAUGGCAGUGCCCUGGAACGCCUGCCAAUGGACGCUGUCAUCGCGUACCUGAGCGAAGGCCUGGCCGCCCCGCACGACUUGAGAAUGUUCUUGCCGAUGACCUUCGCGGAGCCCUCCAGUGGCUCCAAGACGUUGCGCUCUGUUUUCGGCUUCGCCGCCCCGGACCUGAAUGACACUGCCUUCCGUGAAGCUUUCCAGGACUUCGUGCAGAAUGAGCUGUACUCCUCGCUGCUGCAGGCCGUGAUCGACACACGGAAGCCGGUGGAUCCUUCUAGCUGGGAUCAGCCACCAGCAAUUCGGAUCUAUUUCCGCGGGGAUAUGCUCGACGAGCACGAGCUGCUUGAAGCCCUCUACAGUGACAUGUUGUUGGCGAUUGGCCCGCUUUUCAUCAGCCUUGUAGUGGCCUGGGUGAAGCUUCGCAGUGCUUUGUUGGCUUUGGUUGGUACUACGUUCUUGUGCCUCGCGGCUUUGCUUGCCUACAUCAUCCUUCCAGUUCAGGAGGUAAGUCCUGCCAGCUUGUUGGGCAUCUUUCUGCUCUUCGGCCUGGGCUUCUCCAGCAUCUUCCGUAUGCAAGAGGUGUGGAGACGUUCUCGCCACGGCCUCGAGGUGUUGGGCCGGAUUCGGAAAGCAUGCAGAAAGUACAUAGAUCAUUUCGACUGCAUAGAAUAUGUGGAGUAUUUCCUUUCUCUAAGUUUUUUGUUCCCGAAAGCAUCGCGAAGGGUUCUUCCGUGUGGAACGCCGCAGUUGAGUGCAUAG